UUAGGUCAUGUAUAUUAUAGAUUUUCAAUACUGGCAAUGAAUAUCGAAACGCAGCCCAUAUCGUAUCUUGGACAUAUUUCUGAUUGGUUAAAGGAAAUGUUGAUACUAUGCAUCUUUAGAAAUGCUACACUUGGUUUUUUUUACAUCAUGGUUAACUAAAUUACAGUUAUAACUGUUCAGGUUUUUGCGUGCCGCAAUUUUUUCAACUGCUAUGUUUGAAAAUCAAUAGUUAAUCUGUAUGAUAAAAAAUUAUUUUUAAUUAAAAAAAAAUGUCUUUAGCUGACGAGCUUCUCGCUGAUCUUGAGGAAAAUGACGAUGCAGAAUCUGUUAUAGAAGAACUGGAACCGAAAUUUAUACCAACUUCAGUUUCUAAAGUUAUUGAAGAAGAGAUAAAGGUAUCAUCUGUUCGUGAGCUAGCUAAGUUACGAGAUUCAGAGCAUCUGCAGCAAGUUGUACUACAGAUUGAAAAGUAUAGUAAAGUACCUAGAAAAUCAGCUGAUAUUGUAGGACCUGUGGAAUCUGAUCCAGAAUACCAAUUAAUAGUUGAAGCUAAUAAUAUGGCAGUAAAAAUUGAUAAUGAAAUAGCUAUUAUACAUAGGUUUACAAGAGAUAAAUAUUCGAAAAGAUUUCCAGAAUUAGAAUCUUUAGUAGUAGGACCAUUAGAAUAUGUAAUGACUGUUAGAGAAUUAGGCAAUGACUUAGACAGAGCUAAAAAUAAUGAGAUUUUGCAACAGUUUCUUACUCAAGCUACAAUUAUGGUUGUUUCUGUGACAGCAUCGACCACUCAAGGGUACAAGUUCGAAUUUGAUUCGUCGCUGUACAAAACACAAGUAACGAAAUGCAGCAUAGCCGAUAAUUCAUUACUAGCAAUAAUUUUUUUAAAGCCGAUCCUUUCCAUUUAUUGUUUACUGAAUAAUUCAAAAUCGAAAAAUCAUUCAGAUCUUCAAAUCUUGAAAUCUUCAGUUGUGCCUCGGAGGAUCGAGAGUGAUGCCUAUCAAGAAGAUCUUGGCUAUUCGCGAGGAACAAUUGGUAAGGCUGGCACUGGUCGAAUCAGGUUACCACAGAUUGAUGAGAAGACGAAAGUUAGGAUAUCUAAGACACUUCAGAAGAAUUUGCAGAAACAACAGCAAUGGGGAGGGAGUACUACUGUUAAGAAACAAGUCUCUGGUACUGCUUCCAGUGUAGCUUUCACUCCUUUACAAGGCCUUGAAAUCGUCAAUCCACAAGCUGCAGAGAAAAAGGUGAAUGAGGCAAAUGCAAAAUAUUUUUCUAAUACAGCUGGUUUCCUAAAAGUAAAAAAGUCAUAAAUGUAUAUUA